AUGAUUGUUUUUUUGUUGUUGACAAAUACCAAAGAGGAACUGGAUAGUCUUCUAACAGAUGAGCAGAUUGCGAACGCGCCGGUUCUGAUUCUGGGGAACAAGAUCGACAAACCGGGCGCGGCGAGCGAGGAGGAACUCAGGCAGUGGUUCGGCUUGCACGGACAGACCACCGGAAAGGGCACCGUGCCGCUCCAUGAAUUGAACACACGGCCUGUGGAGUUGUUUAUGUGCAGUGUACUGAAGAGGCAAGGUUACGGGGAGGGCUUCCGCUGGCUGGCACAGUACAUCUAGUGAGCGCGCCCAGAAGUCAUGUGACUCCAGGACAAGGGUCAGGCCAGGUCACUGCUUCCUGCUUCCCCGGUUUUAACCCUGUUUCUGCCAAGGGGUGCAUCCAUGCACGUCGUGUGUGUUAGUUACAGCACAGGAUGGCUGGGGAGGGUUAAAUACCUGAUUUUCUUUUAGUUUUUCAUCAGUUAUCUAAUGUGGAGCAGUCCAUUUCUAAAGUAGGGGUGGUCAGGAAGCAGUGAAGGGAGGAAGAUGUUUGGGGAUCAUCUCAUGAUAUUGUACAUCACGUACACGUAAUCCCAGUUAGUCUAAGCAAACUAUGGGUUUGCUAACAAUCAGAUUUCUGUUCUGAGACAACACAGAUGUGAUGAGAUGAUCCCUAAGGAUCGAAACAGUGACAUUUCUCCCCUGAAAAAGGUAUGCAAAUAAGUGUUUUCUGUGGCUCCGUGUGGAGUCAGUAAUGCUGGGCAGGUCUUUUUCUCACCCAGACUCUCAGAAUUUGUAGAAAAAUGAAUCCAAAUAUGAAAAAUAAAAAAGCGAGAGCUGACCAGCGUGACUGUCUCCAUAUAAAGUGUCUGUCUGGAGUAAGCUGGGUACAUGUUUGCCCCCCUCCCCCUUACCUACUAUAGAGUUAGCAUUAGUAUAAUGUAGCUCUAAGGAUAAGCACUGCAGAACAUUCUAAAUAUGGGAACUUCUGACCUGAAUUGUUUGUAUCUCUCUCAGCUUAAAUUUGUGUCAACUUGUAUCCAGGUUCAGCUCCUGCUCAAAUAUACACAAAAAUAUCUCUACCAACUUUGUAGGAUUUGAUAAUGUUUUCAUAUUGUUUUAAAUGUUACAUCUAUUAUCUUUAAGCAAAACUCCACAAACCCAGGUUGCUACAGUUAAGGACCAGCUGAACUGUGGUCAGAUAUUGUCACAUGUGUAUUUACCAGUUUGUACUAAAACUUAAACUGUAUUUCAAACUGGUCUGGUGAAGUUGAGAAAGCUCGUUUUGGGUGUAGCCAAGUUACACAUGUUCUUUAGAAGAGCACACUCCCCUAUUGUAUCUUUAUUUCUGUGGUCAAUAAGAGAUAUUGUAGAAAUGCCAAACAUAUUUUCACAUUUCUGCUGACCUGUGUGAUACGUACUUGUUGUAACUGCUAGAGUAGGUUUGUACUCAACCUUGCCCUCACAGCUUACUCCAGACAGAUGUUAUUGUGGUAAGGCCGGCCUAUGUUCCAGAGUUGCAAUUUUUGUACCUAGUGCGUGAGCAGCGUUUCGAUUACCCCCAACUGUAACCCGAACUGAGCAGGCAGCGUAGAGCCAGGGUAGUGCUAUAAGCUGGGUCAUGGUUCCAAAUGGGCAUGCACAGCAAGGUGCACUGUGGGUAAUAUGUCAAAGGUGAACGCCCCUAACAUGUAAACAGUUCUUGUCUAGACCAUGCUUGAAACAUGUUCAGACAUGUUUUUAUUUAUUUGUCAGGAGUCUUCAACUUUGACAUAUUACCCAGAAUGCAUCUUACUGUGCACGAGCACUUGGAACUGUGAGCCGCCUUAUUUUGUGGUUAUGUAUAAAGGGAAAAUUAUUAGACCAUGAUUCAUCCAGAAGCAUUGUAUUGUAAAGAGCAAUUGGUUAAACUUGUUAUCGUUAAUCCCUCAGGUUUUUCUUUCUAAUAAAUUAAUGUAGAAAUUACAGAAAGGUGGACAAGCUUCUUUAUGAACCCCAAACGUGUUGGAAAUAAAUGGAUUUCCACAAGGCCUGUGAAAAAAAAAAAUGUCAAAGAAAAGUCAUCAAAGUAUUUUACCUUAAAGGUUUCCUCUAGUUUUUCUGUAGUGUGUUGAUUGGUUGGAAAACAAGUCAACAUUUUACUAUAGUUUGAAUAGCAGGUCACAUGAUUUUUGACCAAUCAGCUGCAAGUAUCUAAGGUUACCAUGGUAACCCAGCAUGAUUGAUGUCUGAACUAUGCUGUAUAUGACUUGCACAAAACAGUGGCUAAUCGGUGAAGGGAAGUGUUCCAUCUUUUUGUUAACUGUAGAAGUUAUUAAAAGUGUUUUGAUUUAAUAAUUAAUCACAUUUCAUGAGGAAAAUAGAAUGUCACCAUAAUUCCAAUCCGUGGGUAUUUUUUUUUAUUUGCUCACCACAAUCAGAAUGAGCCAUGUAACUUGAUAAUGUGCCUAUUCCAGUCAGUUGUCAUGAGUCGUAAGAAGUUGCUCUCAAAGUUCACAGCUGUUUCCUUUUUAAUUAACGACGUGAUUAAGUAGGCCCUAAGACGAAAUUAAGCUUAUACCAUAUAUGGUUAUGAUUGUAAAUAACCAGGCAACCGUCUGACACCCAUGCCCCUGACAGGUCACCUAAGGAAACCCCAUCAGCUGCAAAGCCUGAUGGGAAACAGCAGCCCAUAUAUGGAUUGUUACAUUUCCAAGCUCAGUAUUUAUUGCUGUUUAAUCAUUGUAGCGAUCACCUGUGCAAAUGUAGCCUUAUUUGGUCGAUGAUUGACAGUAGAGGGUGCCAGGGGGUCAAGGUGAACUGAUCGUUCAUUUUGGAACUCCAAGGUCACGGCGAGAUUGUUUCGCUUUUUCCUUCACAGAAAAGAAUAAAACCAUCAGUGGCAUGGAACUCA